CUGUCCAUUUCACCCAAAAUUGGUGCCUCAGCCGACCAACCAUUGGUCCAUUGCAACCCCUCCCUACUCGCCUUCUCCGCCAUUUCCAGAAAACCCUAGUCCUAGAGAGAGAGAGGGAGAGAGAGAGAGAGCCUUUAUCUUUCUCUAUACCCUUUGAAAUCGCAGAGAAGAAAAACCCUACGUAACCAAUAACUCUCUUUCGCUCAUCCCCUUUGCGUUUAGACAAGCCAAAGUUCCGAAUACCAAUUCACAAGUCCCCAAAUACAUAGGUUACGAAGUUUUAAAUCGACGUCGGAGAUUGAAUUUGUUGUUGGCAGCGAGGUUUUCCAAACCCGCAAUCGAGAAACCUUUGACUCAGAUAAUAGUCUAUUCUUGUGGACCGAGAUCAGUAAAUUUUCUGUGCCUUGGCUGUGUUUGUUUUUAUACUCCGAACCAAAUCUGUGUUCUUGAAACUUGAAAUCUAGUUUAAAUUCCAUCUCAUUUGAACCAAUGCACAACCCUAGAGGGAGAUAUCCUCCCGGGAUUGGUGCUGGGAGAGGCGGGGGCAUGAAUGCGAACCCUGCAUUUCAGUCAAGGGCCCCUCUGCAGCAGUAUGUACAGAGGAGUGUGGUUCAGAACCAGCACUAUCUUCCCCAGCAGCAACACCAGCAAUACCAGCAACAGCAGCAGUGGCUGAGGAGAGGUCAGUUGGGCAGUGCAGCUGAUUCAAAUGUAGACGAAGUUGAGAAGACAGUACAGUUUGAAGCUGCAGACUCAAGUUCUCAAGAUUGGAAAGCAAGGUUAAAUAUACCCGCUCCUGAUACCCGCUUUAGAACAGAGGAUGUGACAGCAACAAAAGGAAAUGAGUUUGAGGACUACUUUCUGAAACGUGAACUGCUUAUGGGAAUAUAUGAGAAGGGAUUUGAAAGACCAUCUCCUAUUCAGGAGGAAAGUAUUCCUAUUGCUCUAACUGGUAGUGAUAUUCUUGCAAGAGCUAAAAAUGGAACUGGAAAAACAGCUGCAUUUUGCAUUCCUGCCUUGGAAAAAAUUGAUCAAGAUAACAACGUCAUACAAGUUAUUAUACUCGUUCCAACACGUGAGUUGGCUCUUCAAACAUCACAAGUUUGUAAGGAGCUUGGAAAGCAUUUGAAUAUUCAAGUUAUGGUUACGACUGGAGGUACCAGUUUGAAGGAUGAUAUAAUGCGUUUAUAUCAGCCUGUUCAUCUACUUGUUGGAACUCCUGGAAGAAUUUUAGAUCUUGCAAAAAAGGGUGUUUGCGUCUUAAAAGACUGCUCAAUGCUUGUUAUGGAUGAGGCUGAUAAGCUUCUGUCCCCAGAGUUUCAACCAUCAAUUGAGCAAUUGAUUCAGUUUUUGCCUGCAAAUCGACAAAUUUUGAUGUUUUCUGCUACAUUUCCUGUUACAGUAAAGGAUUUUAAAGAUAGAUAUCUUCACAGGCCUUACAUUAUUAACCUUAUGGAUGAGCUUACUCUAAAGGGUAUUACACAGUUCUAUGCUUUUGUUGAAGAAAGACAGAAAGUUCAUUGCCUGAACACUCUGUUCUCUAAGCUUCAAAUAAAUCAAUCAAUUAUCUUCUGCAAUUCUGUGAACCGGGUAGAGUUACUGGCCAAGAAAAUUACAGAACUUGGCUAUUCAUGUUUUUACAUUCAUGCAAAGAUGCUUCAAGACCAUCGUAACAGAGUAUUUCAUGACUUCCGCAAUGGUGCUUGCCGGAAUCUUGUAUGUACUGAUUUGUUUACAAGGGGAAUAGAUAUUCAAGCGGUCAAUGUUGUUAUUAACUUUGAUUUCCCAAAGAAUUCUGAAACAUAUCUUCAUAGGGUUGGUCGAUCUGGACGGUUUGGACACCUAGGUUUAGCUGUGAAUUUGAUCACCUAUGAGGAUCGUUUUAACUUGUAUAGGAUUGAGCAGGAACUUGGCACCGAGAUAAAGCAAAUUCCCCCCCAUAUUGAUCAGGCAAUUUAUUGCCGGUGACUGGUGGUGGAAAACUUGCUUCAUGGACAACAUGCUGCUAAUUGGAGAAGGUAUCUACUGCUGUAUCAGAGGAGGCAAUCUAAGAAUUCGGUAUUGUGAAUGGGAAAGUCCGUCUUUGAUGCAGGUGGUGUCUUUCCUCGAAAUGCUUUCAUUUGUUUCUGAAUCUAUAGCCCUAAAUGAUUAACGGUCGUUAAUGGAAUUCAAGCUGGGUUCAUUUGGAAGUCUCCUUUGACUAACUUGCUGGUUUGGUAUAAUUUGCUCUUUUGCUAGUCUGUUCAUACGGGCAGUUAACUAUUGGAAGAUGUAUUUUAUUCAGCCAAGCCUUUUAUUUUCAUAGACUUAAAAAAAAAAAAAAAAAAAGAGUUUUCUUUUUUGUUUUUUUAAGUGGUUUGUUUCUUUUUUAUAAUUUUCAGCAUUUUACUCAUUUUCCAGUAGUUGGUUAGUUUUUAUCUCCUUGUCCAGUGUUUUGACUGCUUAACAAGAAUAGAAUUGAGUCAGCAUAGUAUGUUUUGGGUGGUGACCAUGUAAAAGUCUCUUCAUUAAGUGAUUCAUUAGGCCAGAGUUGUGUUCCUUGGAGAAUUCCGGCUUCAAAUUGCAAUGGAAGCCGAGCCAACGAUUCUUCAUGUAUUUUGUUUCUCAGAAAAAUGGGGCCUCUGCUUGAGCUAGAUCUCCUUAGAUUCAAAUGACAUUCAUACUAUUUAUGGAAAUCGGAGUAUGCUAAUUUUUAUC